GAAAUUUAAAAAGUGGAGAUGAGUUACCGUUUGCAACGUCUAUUCCUUCCUUUCUGCUCCCUUCCCAUUUACUGUUCUCCCAAUCUUCCUCCCUCUGCUUCUCAGUUCUCCCCCAUUCUAAUUUCUAAGCCAGCGUCGGAUGUUUCAACAGAGCAGUUUAAAAAGGAAAUUUUAAAAUAGAACUACGACUAGACAUUUCGUCCUCACUCAGAGAGAGAGAGAGAGAGAGAGAGAGAGAGAGAGGUUGCGGAGCCUUGUACGAAAGGAUUAACGAUGGCGUCUCUCACCCCGGGAAUCCUUCUAAAGCUCCUUCAAUCAAUUAAUUCUGACACGAAAGUUGCCGGAGAACACAGGUCAGUCCUCCUGCAGGUAAUUGGCAUAGUUCCGGCGCUAGCGGGUUCGGACCUUUGGCCCAACCAUGGCUUUUACGUCCAGCUCUCCGACUCUGCCAACUCCACCUACGUCUCCCUAUCCGACCGCGACAUCGAUCUCAUCCUCACUAACCGCUUGCAACUGGGGCAAUUGGUUUACGUGGAUCGCCUCGUAUUUGACUCCCCUCCUGUCCCUCGUGUUUCCGGCAUCCGUCCCAUUGCUGGCCGCCACCCGUUUGUUGGAAGUCCCGAACCACUGAUCGCCCGCAUCUCCCCUUCGAAGCGCGGCUUUGUCAUCCAACCCAUCUCCUCCGAUUCCGACGACCCUGCUUCUCUCAUACACUCCACAGCUGCUCCCCCUUUCUUUGUCCCUCUUCCUCCUCCUAUUACCAAAUCAGCAGGUGAUCUUAGUCUUGACUCACCAGCACCCUCGCACCGCCCGGGGCCUACCCCUACCCACAAGGACCGCUCAGGGACCGUUCUUGUCCCGCUGGAUGGAAAUGCCUCCAAACCCAUUAGAAUUUCCUCUGACGAGAACCAGAUGAAGCCGCAACAGGAGAAGGAGAAGCCCCGACGCUUCUCGUCUCCCGCUUCAGCAAAGCAGCAGAGGCCCAUAUCGGCUGGGAAGAGGAUGGAAAGGGAGCCUUCACCUGCCAGCAAGGCAAAUUCUAGAUCUGCUUCUCCAGUCCCGUCCAAAUACGUCGUUCCAAGCUUGGUUGCAGCCCGCGAUGAGAACCGGAAAACGUCAAGGGAGCCUGCAAUCAUUGUGCCUUCCAGAUAUCGGCAGCCAUCACCCACUGGCAGAAAGCAGGCUUCCCCGAAUGCUCGGAGGGCUUCUCUUUCUCCCCGUAGAAGGCUUUCCGGGGGUUUGAAGGUUUCCCCAGUGGUUGCCACUGCCGCAGCUGCGGAUUCUGCUACUAAGAAGAAGAUGGCAACCAUAGUGGCGGGGAUUUCAAAGGUUUCUGAUGCUUUGAUUGGCUCUUCAAAGACAACGAGGAAGAGCUGGGAUGAGGCACCAGCAGCUGCGGCCUCUACUGAGCAGAAAGACAGGGUGGUGAUCUCUAGACAUAACAAACCUGAUCUGCAAGCCAUUAUGCAGACCCAGGUGACCCUUUCAAGGCGACUCAGUGAUGCUAAAGGAGCAGCAGCUGGUCAUGAGGAGCUUGCUUCCACCAACGAGAAGACAAGGCCUUGUAGAGUUGAAGGUCAUUUGAUGGCUGAGAAGCAUGGCGGCCCCACUACCCCCACAAUCAUAUUUCAUGAUCGCAAAUGGACGGAUGGAAGUGUUCAAUUGGAUGCUGUCCCCACCAGCCUUGCUAAACUUGGAAAGGAGGCUCUGAAAAGGAGAAAUCUUGCUUCUACUGUUGCUGCUGAGGCUUUGGAAGAAGCCUCUGUAACCGAAUCUGCUGUUCGGAGUUUGAGCAUGUUUUCAGAUCUCUGUUCGUCUGCCAAGUCUGAAAAUCCUCUUCCAACUAUUGACCGUUUCUUAUCAGUUUAUGAAGGGGUUUUGAAGUCGUCAAUAAUUGCAGAAUCGGUUGCCAUUAGCCAUGAUUCUAACAGGGCUGACAAUUUUGUUCCCACCGACCGCUUAAAAUCCGUUUCUCUUUGGGUUGAAGCUGCUUUGGCAACUGAUCUUGAAGUUGUUUGUCUCAUUAGCAAUCAAACUGGAAACAAUUGUAAAAGCCAGUCUCUUGAAAUGCCUACUAAAACUGUCAUGGAUGUAAGGCUUCCAUCACCACCAAGGACGACGACUGGAUCUAAGAAGAAAUUGGCCAAGAACCAUUUGAUCAAUGAUGCUCCACCACCAUCAUCAUCAUGUGAUCCCAUUGCUGGGACUACUACUGGGUCAUGGUCAAGGGGAGGUGGGUGUGGAGUGAAAGAGACAGUGGAACUGGCAAGGAAUUUGCAAAUGGAAAUGGAAAUUUGGUUCCUGCAGUUUGUUGAGGAGUCGUUGGAUGCAGGGUUCAAGGUGUCAUCAACUGAUGAUUUCCUUCAGCCAGCGAGUGGGAGUGGCCCAAUUGCAGCCGUCAUAUCACAACUGAAGCGUGUCAACGACUGGUUGGACCAUGUAAUAGGAAAACGGGAGAUGCUGCUCACGGAGAAGAUUGAGCGUCUAAAGCGAAAGAUAUACGGUUUCGUCAUUCAGCACAUGGGAACGGCACUUGAUGAUCCUACUUCACUUGUAUCAUCUUGAUUUCUCUACGUUUUUCAGAUUCUACUGCAACUUUCUUACAAACAAAUGUCCUGUUUUUUGGGUUUCUAGUAAUAAUUUAUUAGGGAAAAUUUUCCCUAUUAUGCCAAA